AUGACUGACAUCGCAUCCUCAUCCACAACGCUAGAAGAAGCGCGCCCGGAGUGCCCGUAUUUAUACCAGUAUGAUUCCCUGGAAGACAAACCAUCACGCACGAUACGAUUACUCACAGUCGGCUACGAUGGCGAUAAUGAAGCUCAAGAGCCUUCGAAGCCUUGUGAUAAAUAUCGCGACAGCGAUACAUGCAAACAUGCUUGCGGUGACACGCUUAACCCCAAGAAGCUAAAGGUCAGCCUGCACGAAGCAUGUUUGGAUGACAAUCCCGAAUAUGAAGCGGUCUCUUAUGCCUGGGGUAGCGCAGAACUGGUGCGGAAAGUAGCUUGUGACUCUAAGUGGCUAUGGGUCACCCAAAGCUGUUAUGAUCUGCUUGUCAGAUUGAAACGCUACAGUCGCGGCACGAGAGCAGCUAGAUGUUAUUGGAUCGAUGCCAUUUGCAUCAAUCAAGGCUUCCAGGAACAGGAUACCCCGGAACAGAGAAGCCGACGAGAGCGUAGCCACCAAGUCGCCAUGAUGGCUACUAUCUACGAAAAAGCUGUUCAAGUGACUGUCUGGCCUGGGCAUGUUGAAGAUGGCGUCAGGCUAGGAAUAUUGUUGGACUCCGGUUUACGAAUAGACGUCGAAGAAUGUAUACCUUUCUUGCGUCCGUUGAUCCAGCAGCCAUAUUUCACUCGAAUAUGGCCUCUGCAGGAGAUCGCGCUUGCUCAACGUUGUAUCAUACUCAUAGGCCAACAUACUAUCGUAGACAUCCGAUCAGUCUUUCUGAUGCCGCAUUCCCAUUGGUGGGUCCGCCAUAAUCAUCCAGACAAUGUGGAGCUUACCUCCAUCCGGUUAGAAUAUAGACGCGUCACUACCCUCCAUCGACGGCUACUAGAGUUGUUCCAAUCAAGUCUCAACAACUCAAACGCUGGUCCCGGACCGAGCAUACCACCUUCAAUUUCCGAAGUUCUACUCCAUGCUCGAAGUCACCAGGCAUCUGAACCCCGAGACAAGGUCUUCGCUCUGUACGGUAUACUGCAGCGCUUAGAAGUCUAUUUAGAACCUCCAAAUUACCUGAGAUCUGUUGAGGAUAUAUACUUAGAAGUGAGUACAGCAGCGAUUUGCAUGGAUCGUAGCUUUCGUGUAUUCGAGGGUCUCACAGGAUGUUUCACGUAUGACUUACCCAGUUGGAGCCCGGAUUGGUCAGACCAUGAUCAUAUCACCAAAGUGGCAGAGUGGAACGACUAUAAAGCCAGCGGUUCAAGCGAAGCUCAAUUCUCUGUACAUGGACGUCAGCUCCUUGCCCACGGUCUACGUAUCGAUGUAGUAUGUCAGGAGCACGUUACUUUGGCCACUACUUCUUUCCUGAUCGAAGCGGAUACCCUAGCCAAAAGUCUUGCCGAGCCCCUACGUAAUCUCAGCAACGUAAUGAAAGGACAGUACCUGGAUCUGCUUGGGAAGUUGUUUCUCGAUAUCUGGGGAGAUCUACAGACCAGAUACACGAGAGACUACGCCCAUCGGACCUGGGUUCAGAAUGAUGCGGAAAAGACAACCGACAAAAACGCAGUAUGCAGACUAAUAGGAUAUCGAAGCCAAACAGAUACUGCAAAAGGGGUUAUCAAGCACUGCACUAUCUUGCAUGCAGGUGCGUGUCGCAAACUUGAUCGCAAGAAGCUUUUUCAAACACGAGACGGCCGUCUAGGCAUCGCUUCAGAAGCUGUUAAGAGUGGCGACUCAAUCGUCCUCCUUCAAGGGUGCAACCUGCCUAUGGUUGUCCGUCCAGAGGGUACAAAGUGGAAGCUGAUUGCUCCCGCAUAUCUUCCCGCAGAUGGGAUCAUGGAUGGGAAAUUGUGGAGGUCAGACGGUCCUUUGGGGUGUUUCUCAUUCGUAUAG